CCACAUUCCACUAUUUUCUUUAAAGCAAGCUUUUUUUGAAGGCCGAGUCAUCCGGCACGCUGUGCCAAAACAUAUCUGUCACACGAGCUUCAGAAGCAGGUGUUUGUUAUGUAAGAACUACACAUCUGAUAUGUUUUAUACUGUUGAAUAAAAGAGCAUUUCUUACAUGAACUACUACAACUAGUCAAAUCCACAAAUAGAAUAAUUUUUAAUAUUAUGAGUCUGAAUAUCUAGUUUUUUAUUCAGUGAAAUGAAGAAAGUUUAUUUUUGGCUUGGCCUAUUACUAUGAGGAUGGAGUGCUUAUAACUCCAUGUUUAAUAACUUUACAGCAAAUAGAUAAAAUAUGGGGAGCGUUAUCUCUCAGGUAAUACAAAACAGUAUAUUAUUAUUAAUAAUAAUGGUUAUUAUGUCACUGCAGGGGCAAAUGUGCAGCCCUACAAUUAAAGUGAAUUGGCCAACAUCAGUUUUGACAUAAUCUCUGAAGAAAAUGUCUGACACAUAAAGUAAGUCUUUAGAAGCUAAAGCAGUAAGAACAUGCUUGGUUUUUUUGUCAUUUUUGAACAUGUAACUUUUUAUUUGUGCACAAACUCCUGCCCUCAAUUUGGGAUAAUCUUUGUCAAAACAUUUUCUGGACUGUAUAGUGGCUGAAUUUCUUUUUAAAAUAUGCUUGUUGAAGUUGCCUGGGCUUGUAUUGCUGGCUGUUUGUUGUGACACAAUUUUUUUUGGGUGGAAAAAGUCUAAAGGAAAAGCUCAGUGCUGUAAAAGUCAGCCUCAGUAACUUUUUCCAGGAAGAGGAGGGGGGGAAAGGGAGGGAUCAUGUGUCAUUCCCAAGAAAAGAAACUGCGAGCCUAAAAGGAGAUUUUCCCCGACUGUUAUUAUCCACAGAAAGCACAAACAUCUCGGCAGACAUGGCCAGCAGCUUCCUAUAUGAAGAGCAGCUCCUGUGUUCAAUCUGUCUGGAUGCGUUCACUGAACCCGUCACGACUCCAUGUGGACACAACUACUGCAAGUCCUGUAUCACAGGAUACUGGACCAGCACAGACCUGAUCCAGUGUCCCCUCUGUAAGAAGACGUUCCGCAGGAGACCACAGCUUCAGGUCAACACAGAGUUCAGAGAUAUGGUGGAGCAUUUCAACAACAUGAGGGUGAGGGGGGGCGAUGACAUCCUGGCCAAACCAGGGGAGGUGCCCUGUGACAUCUGCCUUGAGCCGAAGCUCACAGCCCAGAAGACGUGCCUGGUGUGUUUGGCCUCGUACUGCCAGACUCACCUGGAGCCUCAUCAGAGAGUCACAAACCUUAAGAAGCACCAGCUGAUCGACCCUGUGUCAAACCUGGAGGACAGGGUGUGUAAGAAGCACGACAAGACGCUUGAGUUCUUCUGUAACUUUGACCAGAAGUGUAUUUGUUCCAUGUGCUUAAAAGAGGAACAUGCAACACAUGAAGCUGUUGCAUUGGAGCAAGCGUCCAGAGAGAGGAAAGCUGGGGUGGACUAUGUGAUGUCAGAGAUAAAAGUGAUGGAAAACUCAAAAUCCAGGAGUAUAAAGGAAAUCAAGUACGCGGUUGAACAAAGCAAAAGAAGGUCAGAGAAGGAGAUAGCAGACAUUUCGGAGGUUUUCACUGCUCUGGUGGUCUCCCUGCAGAGAGGCCAGGCUGAGCUGAUUGAGGUGAUCCAGGAGAAGCAGAGAGCAGCACAGGAAGAGGCUGAAGAUCAGCUGACACAGCUGGAGCAAGAAGUCGCAGAGUUGAGGAGGAGAAGAUCUGAAAUGGAGCAACUUUUACAAUCAGAGGAUCAUCUCUGCUUCUUGCAGAGCUGGCCGUCUCUGUCACACAUUGAGGGUCUAUUCGAACGUCUGUCCCGCUCCUCCCCUGCAUUUACACCAGACCUCACUGCCAUCAGUCAGCAGAGUUAUGUAGGGACGGUUAAAAAAACAGUGGCUCAGAUGGAAAAGACGCUCAGCAAUGAGAUGGAGAUGCUUAUUCAUGAGGUCAGGUUAUCUGAUGGUUGUGAGGCCGCUGAACAGCGUGAUGCAGCUGAAGAACUGAUGACAGACGAGUUUGUUGAAGAAGUGUGGACGCCACCUCAGGACAAACUGAUGAUGAUCCAGCAGUGUUGCGCUGUGGAUGUGACUCUGGACACCAAGACAGCCCAUCACAAUUUCAUAGUAUCUGAUGAUGGAAAACAACUGAGAUCUUCCGAAGGUCCACGAUUUUUACCUGCUUUUUUGAGGACAGACCAGAGUCGAUCCCUCAUCUUUGGGAAAGAGGGGUUUUCCUCAGGCAGGUUCUACUAUGAGGUUCAGGUCAAUGAGAGUAAAAGUUGGCUGUUGGGAGUGGUGAAAGACCCCAUUAACUGGGACACUAAUGUCCUUCCCACCCCAGAGGGUGGAGGUUGGACACUUCAUGGAUUCUACAACCAAUUCCAGGAGACAUGUUUUGCUUAUAGUAAUAGCUCUGAUCCUGCGUUUCUGUGGCAAAGGCCCCAGACAGUUGGUGUGUUUGUUGACUAUGAGAAGGGAGAGGUCUCCUUCUAUGAUGUGGACAACAGGAUUUUAAUCCACUCCUAUACAGGAUGUGGCUUCAUUGAGACCCCACCAGCAUUAACAGCUUUCCUUUAUUCAAUGGCUGGGGCAUCAUUGAGCGGCAGGCAAAAGCUCUACCCUGUUUUUGGUUUCCUUAAAGAUGAUCCUGGCAACAUUCUCAAAAUCACUCCUGUAGCUGAACAAAGUGCCACAUACUUCAAAUAACUGUAACUAAAGGUAGUGGUAGUAGUAUCACAUGACAAAAGGACUAUAACUCUGUAAUAUGUAGUCAUUGGUAUAAUUCUUAGCUGUAAAAUCACAUCAAUCUGACAGCUGGUGGUGAGGUUUAUUUCAGGAUAGAUCAGUCAUGCACUUUAUUUAAAUACAUGUCGCAAUACCUUGAUAAGACCAGGAGAUGGCACUAUUGCUUAAUCAGUGUCCUGGUCUGUUUCUCAGAGACACUACUGUUGCAGUGGACAAUGGCAUCAGAGUGAACCCAAUUUAAUUUUUGGCAUUUUCAAACAUGCGAUGGAUGUAUAGAUUCAUAGAUUACUGAAUAUAAAUCAGUCUUUAAAGAUAUUUAUAUUAUUGAUUCAUUCCAUGCAAGAAUGCCCAAAAUUGUUGGUUAUAGCCUCUCAAAUGUAAAUAUUGGCUUGUUUUCUCACACUUAUAUUAUUGUAAACUAAAUAUAUUUCAGUUUUUAACUGUUGGUUGGACAAAACAAGCAAUGUCAAUAUGUUAAUUUGGGGUUUUCACAAGAGCAAUGGCCUUUUCCCCCCCAAGAUUUUCAUUUUACAUACCAAACAAUUACCUUAUUGACUUGGCUUAUAGUCUAUGGGGACGCACCAAAUUUGCAGAUGACAUUACGAGAAUUGACUACAGAGUCUAUAUGUGCACGUUUGUUUUUUUUUUUUUAGUAAGCUGUCUUCAGAGGCCAAGACAUAUGAAAUGCUUGUCUCAAACAUAUCUGAUAAAUGAGCUUUAAACCCAGACACACUAUACAUCUCCCUAUGUAUUACAUAUCAUGCUUUAUAAAAAUGUAUAAAAGUGAGUUUCUUAAAAAUAAACUUUGUAGAUCUUUGG